UAAGUUGUGGAGCGUCGGAUGCAAAAAUCGAUGUUCUUAAUUAAAGCUCUAAAGACAGAAACAUUUGUUCUCCUUUCAGACGGAUUCCGAAGAGGACGUGGUGUUUGUUUCUGAGAUAUGCGCACCCAAACCCGUAAGGAUUUAUAUGGACCAGGCAAAGCUACUGGCUCUGCAGAGAGAGAUUGAUGAGCUGUCCCAGCCCACACACCCAGCCAACCCUUUGAAAAGAGAGACAAUUAGGAAUAACAGGUCCACAGAAACAAAGAUUGAGGAGGAGACCUGUGAGAUAAUGAAGAAGGAAAAAAAACAUAAGAAGGAAAAGAUGGCUCCACCUGAAGUCCAAAACAGUGGGGCUGAGGAAGGGAGCCAAGCUAAGAUGAAGAAAAAAAAGAGACGGAGACAGGCCAAAAUGGUGGUAAAAGAAGAGCAACAGGAAACUGAGCCGGAGGAAAAGAAAAAGACUAAAAGGAAGAAACAUGAUGGUAUCCACAUCAGCGCUGUAGAGGUUGAGACAAAAAAGAAACUGUUAGAACAAGACGUGAAUCAAGCUGAAACGGUUACUUUAAAGGUUAAAAAAUUAGAAAAGAAGAAAAGGAAAGAGAAGAAGAUAAAAGAUAAGUCGUUACACAUCGAACCUGUUCAUACAAAGAAAGGAAACAAAGAAAUGCAGAUUGGAGAUGAGAAUCCUCCCAAGAAACCCGAGAAAAAAAAAGAUAACAUUGUGUUUUCAAGCGAAGCAGAAACUGAAGAGAUAGUUAAAGACAAGAAAAAGAAGAAGAAAUUGGAAAUUGCUGAUGCCUUUGUUGAAACAAAAGCAAAAAAGAAAUCAAAACUUGUAGAAAAUGGGAAUCAUGUAGAACAAGAGACUGGGGUUAAGGAGGUAAAAUUAAAAAAGAAAAAAGAGAAGCGUAAAACCGAGGGGUUUGAAGGCGAACAUGAAGAAACUGAAAUUCAAAGAAAGAAGAAAAGAAAAAUUGAGGAUCCAAAAUCCACAAAAAAGAUAAAGGAGACGUUCAUAAACAGUGAGAUGGUUGCAGAGGAGGAAGAAACUAAGGCAAAGGCCAAAAAGAAAAAAAAAUCCAUAGAGGAUGAUGGGAUGGCACAAUCAGAGGAGACAAAAACAAAGAAGAGAGGGAAAAAAAUAAAAGUAGAGGAGGAAGAGUUGGACCAGCACAUCACUCUGACUGCCGAUCCACCGAAGAAGAAAUCUAAGAAAACAGCUAAAGGGAAUCUGGACAUUAAUACAGAGGCCAAGGCUGGAGAGAAAAAGAAGAAAAAGGUAAAAAAGGAGAAGGAAGAUUCACAGGAGUUUCCUCAAGUUGAUGUAGUUUUCCUAUCAGCAAAGAGUGGAAACAAAGACGAGGUCUUCGUUAAUCAGGAGAGAAGAAAAGCUCUUCAAAUGGAGAUCGACGAGGCUUCCCAGCCUGACAAACAUACAGGUCUGGGCCAGUGGAGUACGGCUCAGUUCGACAGCUCCCAACAGCAGCAGAAGUUCCUGCGGUUGAUGGGUGGCUUUAAAAAGGGCUCCCAACCAGCGGGGACGACCAGCAGAGGAGCCAACAUGGCACUAGGAAAGGAUGCACAGCAGCAGCUGCAGCAAGGGCUUCUGGGAGAGUUUGAGCGAGCCCAAUCACGGAGAAUGGACUUCAAUAACAGGGGGGCUGGGCUUGGGUUCACAGCGUCGUCCAAUAAGAAGUUCAGUAUCGAUAUCAAUGCAUCUCGAUCUAUCCGCUUUGAUUCCUAACCUGGGUGAAUUUUUUUAUUUUUAUUUUUUUACCUCCACAGUGGUGAGUUUUAACUCACCAGCAGGAUGUCGGUUAUAACUGAUCUAAGUGUAAAAUAAGUGAAUGAGUCUGAAAAAAAUUUCACUUUUGAGUGGCAACCUUGUGGAGAGAAACAUUUUGAAAGUUUCUUUGAAUUUUUUUUUUUUAAUAAAUGCCUAAAAACAACCUUAA